AUGUCCGAUAACGAGCUCGACCGAACGCUCGUACCCCAGGAGCAAUCGCUUGACUCCAUCCCCUAUUCGACCCCGCCGCUGGUACCACCCGGCGCCGGAACCGGUCCUGAUUCGUCCAUCUCGACCAUCGUCCAACCCCAGUCCCGUCACCACCGACUGGAUCGGUCGGACGGCACGGAAACGGCCGGGUCGGUGGCGGCGACGACGGAGACGGUGGUGGUACCAGGGUUCGUGCAACCGCUUUCCGCACCGCAGCAUCGGUUGCAGCUGUUCCGAUAUCCCAACGCAUUCGCCCGACAUCACCACCCGCCCACCACAAUCAACAAGCAUGAGCCCAAGCGCGCCUGUACAUCGCUACCGCUCUAUCUCAGCAAGGUGAGUGUACUGGAUGUAUUCGAGGUGCUGGAAGACGACCGCUCGCGGAGUGACCUGUGCUCACUUGUUUCGCGACCUGGUAUGGAGUAUGUGCCAUUGAGGACUCCAGCUGCCGAGACGUAUCACUACCAUCACGUCACCGAUCAAACAAAGUCACUACAGGAUUUGCAGAAUGAAGUCGCCGCUUUACUGGAGUUCCGUGAUCUGGUUAUUGAAACCUUUCCCGAUCUUAAAUCGAAGAUGGCUUCCUCAGCGGCGAACAGUACCCUUACCGGUCUACCAUCGACCUCAUCCCUGGGGAGCCGGCGUGAGUGGGAGCCGGGAAUACGGAUUCGGCGCAAACUAACGCAGAAGGAAGUGGGCUGUGGAGAUGUUGUUGGCGGCAGUAGUAUAGGCAAUGGUGGUAAUACCAGCAGCACGACGAUCAUUCCCGGUACCGGUGACGGUGGCCCAUCGACCAGCGCCGGCAGCGGUAGUGCGGUUACCUCGAACAACUCCAACACCUCCGCCAGCAAUACCAAUGCGUCCGAUCUGAACCAUCAUCAUCAUGCGCAUCAUCAACAGCAACAUUCGUCGUCCUCGCUGAUCCGCAGCCGUAGCAACUCCCAUAGCGGUAAGAAGGAACCAAAGAGCGGUGAAGGCAACAACGGCAGUGUGAUACAGGAUUCGGGUUUCUCCAACGAAACGUCCUCCUCGAAGGAGACGCACAGUGCGGCAUCCUCCACGAGCGGUGCUGUGCAGGGUACGCUCAUCUUGCCGACGGCAACCAACCGACUGGGGACGGAAGCCGGCGGUGAACUGUGGAAUCUGCUCGAUGUGAUACAUAGGAAAAGUAGCCGGCUCCGGGAGGAGGUCGACCAGCAUCUGGAGCGGGAGAGACCUAGGGCAACCAAUUUAGCUAUUAGUCAUCAUGCACCGGUCCACCAUCAUCCGCAGCAUUUUCCACAGGGUGCUGGAACCGGUGACAACAAUAUCAUCAUACACCAUAGCAAUCCGGCAGCGGUCCCGACAGUGGCCACGGCAGGUGCAACCACGCUGGUGGCGAACGUACCGAUCACACCGGUUACAACCACCAGCACUACCACGACCGUAGUGGUAUCGGCCGGUCUGCCAGCUGCUGGCAAAACCUUCCAGAGACCUCAUCAUCUGACAGAUGGGGAGCAGAAUCGGCAGCAGCAACAGGGUGUUCGGUCGGGGAGUGGUACGCUAGCCGACGGUACCGAUCACAAUGUACAAAUACUGCGUAAGGAGCGCGACCGUUUGCUGGACAAGCUGUCCGAGUACGAGGCAGAGAUGAUUGCUGGCCGGAUCCAGACGGCCAAGAUGCAGGAUGAGGUGGAAAAGCUCACGCUAACGAUGCGCGACCUGCAGAAGCAGCUCACGUUGGCAAACAAUCAGAAGCAGGAGCUUAACAGCAAGCUACAUGAUCUCGCAAAUACGCAAAAUGUAAAUAGAAGUGCGUCUAGUUCACCCGAGACAAUUAAAGUUCGGCAGCAGCCGACCGUAUCUCAACAGCAGCAAACGUCACCGCAGCUACUUAAGACCGGCGCACGGUACCGGAAAGGAUCGUUCGGACAGGACGAUACCGAAGCGUCCGGUGCCGAACCGCCGUACCCAAUGAUUCCGGGUGCCGACGCACUGACGGAUGGUGCUGUGAUUGGCCCGCGGGCGCUCGGCUGGUUGGAUGGGUUCCUCGGUGCGCCGUGGGUGCAGAAGGUGCGCUCGCUCGACUCGCAGAAGAUUGCCGCCAUUCUGCUCGAGACAAAUAUUGUCGGGCUGCAGCGUCACUUGCUGACGGUGACCGUACAGAAUCAGAUAUUACAGCAACGGUUGGAUCAGGCAACAGGAUCGCGCACUUUCCUGCAGGAAAAGCUGGAAAAGUCGAAGGAAGAUGUGGACGAUUUACGGUUUCAGCUGAAAGAGAAAUCGAUCGAACUCGAAGGUACAAAGGCUCAGCUGCGUGUGAUCGAGUCAAAGACGUCGAGCAAGUCGGUACCAUCGUCCGCCGUCGGUAGCCCGGAACGGGUGAUUGGUCAUCAUCCGCCAUCACCACCACCGCCAGUAUCUACCAUGGUAGGUGCGACCAGCGCGCAUCUCCAUCACCACCAUCAGCAUCUGGCGCAGCUAGCGAUGCGACUGCAAUCAUCGCAGGUAUCGACGCCCUCUAUGAAGGCGAUGACACCGGUCGUAAUGGAUGAUAUCGCACAGCAUCAGCAGCACAGCAGCAGUACAGAAUCGACGCAGGACCAUCCCGAGCGCGACAGUAUAGGUAUUGGCAGUCGUUUGCCACAUCAAAAUCCUCCGCAUCAGUCGCAUCACCACCAGCAGCAACAGCAGCAACAACAACAGCAGCCCCCAGAGACGCCCCGCCGUCGGCCAUCCAAGAUACCGUUGCCGGGGGCGAAGGGUUCGGUUGCACCGAAGCCGCCAACGGGUCGCAACUUUUCCGUCACACCCACACCAACCACACCGACGGCACCGGCCCAACGGCCGCUCGGUGGCGGUGCAUCGUCCGGGCCACCGUCGAACCGAAGCCUGACGAAAAGCACCGGAAGCCUGUACGUGAAGUCGUCCGAUGCGAACUCUUUCGGUCAACAGUCUUCGCAACAGCCGACCCACCAACCACCGCAACCGAUGGCACGCACGCGCGAUACAACCAGCACCAGCAGUGGCAGCCUGUACCGGGCCGAUUCCGCACUCAGUUGGCGCACCAGCAAGGACACACCGUCGCUGGAAAAGUCACGCUCCUCCUCGAUACCGGUGUCGGCCGGUGGUAAGGUUGCGACCGUUGGGGCACCACCACCAUCACCAACCGCAUCCAGUACGAAGGCGUCCAUUUUGAUCUACGGUGGGGCCGUCUGUUCUUCGCCGCAACCACGCGCCAAGCGCGACAACCUCACCAGCAAGGUAAAGAACUGUGAUUCGCUGUCCCGGUUGCAAUCGGCCCAGGUGUCUACGCACGGGGCGACCGCCGGUCAGCUGAGCAAGUCCGGCUCCCGGAAGGAGCUUAGUUCCAGCCCGGGCAGCACCGGCCUGAGUAGCGGCGAGCGAAAGGCAAGUAUCGGCGGUGGAGGUGGCGGCGUACUGCGGCACGCCUCGACCACCUCGAUCGGAUCCACCGGGCAAUCGGACGAGUCGGCAUCAACGACUGUAGCUGCGGCAACCGGCACUACUACUGCAACCGGCAACAGCAACGUCAAGGCACCACGAAGAAACAACACAUUCCGAUUGGUGAAACCAACACUCACACCGCUGACUGUCUUGGAUCAUCCGCCAACCAUGGGGAUCGUGUCACCGCCGCCUCUACCAGGUAUAGCACCCUCGCCGGACACGUAUGCGUCAUCGCUCAAGGCUGUCGGGCGGGUACGGUCGCAGACGGCCACCGGCAGUGCCACACAGAGGACGCCCAACAGUGGCAGCAGUAGCACCGUGCGUCCAUCCUGCUCUACCUCAGCGCUGUGCGAUGCUACCGGACCGCGGGAUCUCAUUGGCGAGUACCUGGCGGCGAAGAAUCGUGCCGCCUCCACGUACCAACAGCCUGCGAUACCACCGCCCAUCUUUCACGUCAGUCCAGACCGACAGCAUCUGCUUGUGCUGCAGGAUCAGGAGCAGCGACAGAUCGACGAGCUCGCUUACAAACAUCCGAUCUUGCUGAUGGACGCCUCGGAAGAUGACGAAGAGGACGAGCGAGAGCAGCAGUCCGAGCAGCGGGAAGUUGUCGACACCAGUGAGGAAAGGAACGGUGGCGAGGAAUCGUUAAUAAUCCCACGACCGAAGAUGAACGCUUUCCAGUCGGCAAAGGAGCAGAACGAUGAUGGACCACCGGGUUGUCGGCUCGUCGGUAAGGUUAACCCGAACAUACUGAAAACCUGGGAGCAGCUGUUUGGUGGUACAGGUAGUGCAUGUGCCCAUCAGCGUCGACCGGAGCGAACGCGUGCGGAUGUGGAUGGGGAGCACAGUACGACCGUUACCGGUACGACAACUGUGACCAGAACAACCACAUCCGGCGGAAGCAUUGAGCUGACCAGCAACGUCACGUCGGAAGCGGGCAGCGAAGCAGAUGAUCGGCAAAGCUGCAUGCUGUACUGUCCCCAGCGGCAACCGUACCCCUACACGCUCGGGGAAGAGUUGUACGAGUUUAAGGUGAACCGGUUGCAGCAUCCACCGGAGCAGCAGCCAUCCUCGUCCCGACACGCACCGUCCCAGGUGUCGCCCUCGACCACGAUCUGUACCACAGCGACGGCACGCAACUCAUCUGAUGGUGCUGAUUUUUACGAUAGUAUUGAUGCGGUCAGUACCUGCGUAUCACAGGCGGCACUAGACACCUGUGCUGCUGGUGAGCAGCACGACGAGCACGGCGACGUUGGUAGCUACGUUGAUGCGGCUGGUGGUGAAGCGUUGGCAGAGCUAACUUCGCUCGAUCGGAAGCGGCUGCUGUGGUCGAUUGCGAUCGAGUAG